GGGAAAAACGUGAGUGGGAGACCAAUUUGAGUUCAAAUCCAAGCGAGACACAACAACACGAAGGCUUUUCCCUCGCCAGCUGUUCCGACUCAACACCCCCCCCCCCCCCCCCUCUCUCUCUCUCUCUAUAUAUAUAUAUAUCUAUCUCUAUCUCUAUCUGUGUGUGUGUUUUUUUUUUGCCCUUAUAUUUCUGUUAUGCCCUUAUGGGAAACCCUAAUUGCUCAUCUGAUAUUUGACCAAUUUUGAUACUCUCUGGCAAAAGCUGGACUCUGAUCGCCUUUCUAGUAGUUGACCAAUUUUGAUACUCUCUACCAAAAGCUAGGGGGUCGUGAUUCGGCUGAUCUGGCUCUGGAUCUGGAGGCGCGUUCGAUCUGGAGAAACCGUCGUCGUUUAGCUGGAUCAAAGGACUGAUUUUGUAGCGUCCGGUGUGAUCGUGCCUUAGCGAGUUGGAUCGGUUUUGGGGGCCCAAUGGCGGCGGAAACCCAAGCUCGUAGCCAAGUCUCUGAGGUUUCCAAGGCUGCAAUUGAGGGAGAUAUGCGGGAGGAUCUGGCCAAAAUUAGUGACGGUUGCAAUGGGGGUGAUAAGCUUGUCGACGUCGACGGAGGACAAGGAGCAGAAAAAGAAGCAGCUGAAGCAGAAGGUUCUAAUGUGAAUGGGAGUGGGAACCAGAAGGAUGAUCCGGACGUUUCAUACGUCUUUGUAAGCUGGAGCGACUCUGCAAAGGGUGAUCCUGUUGAAAGGGCCCUCAAUGGGGAGUGCGACCACAAAUUGCACGCCCUUUCUGAAUCAAACAAGGGUUCAGAGGGCCAAGUUGGGGAAUUGAAUGAUGACAAUGGAGAAACUGUGUCGGUGGAGGAUGAAAGCAUUGCUGGGGCUGCGGUUGUUUCUGUUAGUGGUUCACUGGCCAUAUCCAGUUUGGACAGGGAUGAUGUUCUGGUGGAGCAACAAAGUGCGACAGCUGUUAUAGAACCCCAAUGCAUGCCGCUGGAUGGUAAUGCCGAUGGUGAGGAACAAAAGGAUUCAAAUCCUGCUCCUGACCUAGUAAAGGAUCAGGAAUUACCAACUAUGGGUUUAGAGGCUGGUGAUUGCGGAACAUUGGAGCUUGAUGAUGACAAACUCAAAUCUGACGAACAAGCUAAUCUAGAUCCAACUGCAGAGUCAGUGGGGCUUCAGAAAUCUGAAAUUUUGGGGCAGGAGGAUUCCAAGGAACAAAAUGUUUUUGAAUCACGCGAAGGUUUUGGGGGAAGCUCUGAAGCACAAAUUCUGCUUCCAGAAGUUGCUGAAUGUAACCCACCAUUAGUUGAUGGUGUCAAGGUGAACUUGGAUGAACAAACAAAUAUUCAAUUGACUACAGAGCUAGAAGCUAACCAGGAAUCUCAAGUUAUGCUUUCAGAGGCUUCUGGAUGCAGGUUGCCCGAGGUUGAUGUUAGCGAGGUGAAUGCUGAGAAUCAAACAAAGUUGGAGUUACCUCCCGAAGUAAAAGGAAGUUUGGAAUCUCAAAUCACAGAGCUAGAAUCUGCUACCGAGGAUCAAACUAAGUUGCAGUUACCUCCAGAAGUAAAAGAAAGUUUGGACUCUCAAAUCACACAGGCAGAAUCUACUGAAUCUGAGUCCCAUCAGCUUGAUAUUAGACAGGAGAAGCUUGAAGAGGUAGAAAAAACAGAGAUGAGCUUGGUACCUAAAGAAAAUCAGGAAUCUCAAUUGUUUGUUACCAACAGCAUUAUCAAUGGUAUAGAUGAGGGAAGUGAAGUAGCAGAAGUAGCCAAUGAGAUUGGUAAACCUUUUGAAGCAGAACAUGCAAAUGAACAUGUCUCUUAUGGAAGUAUAGACAGUUGCCCUGCUUCUCUUGUUGAAGAUAGGCCUUCACAAGCCAAAGUCCAUAAUGAACUUGUCGAUGAUGGUCAAGGUUCAAUUGAAGUGAGUGUCUCCACUGAGGAUGCUGAAAGCUUGCCUUCAUGUUCCAAAAACAGGAAACCAGAUUCUGAAAUUGGAAACAAACUGGUUGACAGUGCCCUUUCUUAUUCUGCUAAAGAUGCAAAUUUAGAUAUUGAAGUUGAGAAUGACAGCACUAGAGCUGACAGGAUAAUAAGUUGUAAUCAAACAAGCUUAGAAACUGAUAUUAUGCAUUGUUCCAUUGAUCCUGAAGAAAACGUAUCUUCUUUGCUCUGCACUGAUAUUAAUACUGGCUCUGACAUUUCAAAUAAGGUAACAGAUUGUGCUUACGGCCAGCCUGAUGCAGUUGAUGGUUCAAAUCUGGAAGAUAAUACUACUGAUUCAAUUCAACAUGGAGGUGGUUCUGAUCUGAACUCAGAGAAUGAAGUUGAUCACUCUUCUUCCACUAGUGGAAGAGUUUCAUCUUACGAUGCUGCUGCUGUGUCUCAAUCUAAUGUUCUGGAUGAGCCUGUAGUCAAUGAUGUGACUGCUCUAAACAGCGUCCCUGAGGCAGUGAAUGUCCAACAUAUGGGAGAUCAAGUCAAUGGUAUGGAUGGGGAUGAUCACAGCAAUCUUACAUGUCAAAAGACUGAGAACACUGGACAGAGUUACAAGGAUGAGAUCUUAGCAUCUUCACCCGAAGUGUCUACUACUGAUGCUAUGGGAGAUCAAGUCAGUGGUGUGGAUGGAGAUGAUCAUGGCAAUCAUACAUGCCAAAAGACUGAGAACUUUGGUCAGGGUUACAAGGAUGGGAUCUUAGCACCUUCACCCAAAGUGCCUACUGCUGAUGCUACGGGAGAUCAAGUCAAUGAUGUGGAUGGAGAUGAUCAUGGCAAUUACAAGGAUGAGUUCUUAGCACCUUCACCCGAAGUGUCUACUGCUGAUGCUAUGGGUGAUCAAGUCAAUGGUGUGGAUGGAGAUGGUCAUGGAAAUCUUACAGGUCAAAAGACAGACAACUCUGGACAGGGCUACAAGGAUGAGAUCUUAGCACCUUCACCUGAAGUGUCCACUGCUGAUGCUAGGGGAGAUCAAGUCAACGGUGUGGAUGGAGUUGAUCAUGGCAAUCUUACAUGUCAAAAAACUGAGAACCCUGGACAGGGUUACAAGGAUGAGAUCUUAACACCUUCACCCAAAGUGCCUACUGCUGAUGCUAUGGGAGAUCAAGUCAAUGGUGUGGAUGGAGAUGAUCAUGGCAAUCUUACAUGUCAAAAGACUGAGAAAUCUGGAGAUGGUACCAAGGAUGAGAUCUUAGCACCUCCUCCCAAUGUGUCUACCGCUGAUGCUAUGGGAGAUCAAGUCAAUGUUGUGGAUGGAGAUGAUUGUGGCAAUCGUACAGUUCAGCAGACUGAGAUCACUGGACAGGGUUGCAAGGAUGAGAUCUUAACACCUUCACCUGAAGUGUCUACUGCUGAUGCUAUGGAUGACAGUGUGGGUAUUGGAUCUCUGAAAAAGCCUUUCCCCUUCUUGAUUAAGAUUCCAAGAUAUGAUGAUGAAAACCUUAGAGAACAAAUCAGACAAGCUCAGAUGCAAGUUGAUGAGAAGACCCGACAAAGGGAUGCAAUUGGAGCUGAUGUCCAAAUGAUUAGGGCCGGUUGUCAGAAACUUCAUAGCAGUCUUGGAGCUGCCAAAUUAGAAGAGAGAGCUGCACGAGGUUUAGUAAGGUUGAAACGUCAGGAAAUAGAUUCUGUUCAAUCUGUGAUUAACAGGGUGAAGAAUGCUAUGUCUGUUGAGGAUAUUGAUACCAGGAUACACAGUAUGGAACACAUGAUACAACAUGAAACACUGCCUCUUAAAGAAGAAAAACAGUUCAUACGCGAAAUCAAGCAACUGAAACAUCUUCGUGAGGAGCUUUCAUCUAAUAUGGGCAGCCAAGAUGAAGUCCAGCAGGCUUUAAACCAGAGAGACCACAUUGAAGAGCGGAUGAAGAUUUUGAAGAAGGAGUUAGAUUUGCUCAAGGACAAAGUUUCAAAAGCUGAAGCAAUCGCUUUGGCCGCAGGGAAAAAGUACAGUGAUGAAACUAAACAUCUAAAGGAAUUGCAUGGUCAGUUUAGAACAGCAGAUGAUAUUCGCCAAAAAGCAUACGCACAUUUGCAGAACCUGAGGAGACAAUUAUAUGAAAAGAACACAAGGUUCCGGAUGUGCAAGGAUGACACAGCGGCAGCUAAUGAUUAUGCAUUAAGUGGGAAAAAAGAGGAACUGUACCGUCAUUGUGUUAACCAGGUAGAGGCAAUCAUGGAGUUAUGGAACAAGAACGAUGAGUUCCGGAAAGAAUACAUUAGAUGCAACACAAAGAGUACAUUAAGGAGAUUGAGGACAUUGGAUGGUCGUGCACUUGGCCCUAAUGAGGAGCCAAUUGUACUGCCCAAUGUUGUGGAUGAAAAAGUUGAUCGCUCCAGUUCAAUCUCUGGCAAUGUUGACUCUGACUUUCCAGUUUUGCCUGCGGGACAAGAAAAGCAAGCUUCAGCUAUGGAAAGUGAAGAAACAGAUUCUAAACCUGUGGCAACGGUUACAAAGCAAAUGGAUAAGACGGCAAAAGCUACACAACCUGGGAAACCUACCUUGAGGAAUGGCUUGGCAACUGAUUCUGGCAGGGAUGAGUCUGAAGAGAUGCCAGAGGAAGAGCACAAGAAAACAAAGGAGGAGCAAGAGUUGGCCCGGAAAGAAGAGGAAUUGAGGAAGGAAGAGGCAGCGGCCAAGUUGAAAGAGCAACGCCGUCUGGAGGAAAAGGUGAAAGCCAUGGAGGCACUAGAGAGAAAAAGGAAAAAUGCUGAGAAGGCCCUGAUAAGGGCUGAGAUGCGAGCACAGAAGGAAGCUGAACAAAAAGAGAAGGAGAGACAGAAGAGGGCAAAGAAGAAGGAGAAAAGGAAAGGAACUCCAACAGAGACUCUUGAAAGUGGUAAAGAUGAAGGAGAAACUGCCUUGAAGUCGGAAUCCGCAGAUGCAGCAGCUACCAAGGAGCUAGAGGCUGAGGAGAAUAAUAACAGUACAACAACAAAAAGGCAUCAAAAAUCAUUCCAAUACUCAAAGCAGAUCAAGACAAAAUCUAUUCCUCCGCCUCUUCGCAACAGGGGUAAAAGGAAGAUGCAGCAAUGGAUUUGGAUCGGUUUUACGGUGCUGCUCGUCAUUCUGCUGUUCUUGUUGGUUAACGUUGGGUUCUAUUCCAAUCUUGGGCGUAACCUUCGGAUGCGGGGCUCUGGAUUCUGAAUGCCUUUUGCCAAUUGACUGACUGCAAUCAACUGAGGAUCACAAAUCAUUUCGCAGAUAAUUAGGCAAUUCGUUUUGCUCUCUUCUCAGUGGGUACUUGGGAUUUGUUUUGUUUUGUUUUUUAGUCCUUCGGUUUGCUUUCAGUGAUUAUAAUUGUUUGUUUUUUUAAUAUAUAUAUAUAUAUAUUUUUUUUUUUGACAUAGCUUUUGAUAGAUUGGUUCUCUCUCAUAUGCUAUAUGAACGAACUAGAAAGAA